GUAGCUGAGCGAAGUUUUCUUGGGGAAAUUCAGUAGCAUGGAGGCGCAACUGUCUCGGCCCCUGAUGGCACUGCGGCUCAUCUUCCUCCUCUGCUUCUUCUCCGCUCUGGCACGCUGCUGCCGUUUCCUCGCCGCCGAGGCGGCUCCAACGCUGGUGACCAGGCUUCCAGGGUUGGAUGGAGCCCUCCCGUUCCGGCUUGAGACCGGGCACGUGUUCCUGGUCAGGCACGUACGUUCUUGGACACACUGCAAGCAACUGCACUUUGUCCAUGGCAGGUACGUGAUCGUGGACGAGGAGAAGGGCUCGGAGCUGUUCUACUACUUCAUCGAGUCGGAGGGCGACCCACGGCGCGACCCGGUCGUCCUCUGGCUCACCGGCGGUGACCGCUGCAGCGUGCUCCGCGCGUUGCUGUUCGAGAUAGGCCCGUUAAAAAUAAUUGGCGAGCCCUACAAUGGUACCAUACCACGGCUGCGGUACCAUCCUUACUCAUGGACCAAAGUUGCCAGCAUCCUGUUCGUCGACUCGCCCGUCGGCGCCGGGUUUUCCUUCUCCAGGAAUCCCACAGGCUAUCAUGUUGGAGAAGUCUCUUCUUCGCUGCAGCUCAAAAAGUUCCUCACCAAGUGGUCCACUGAGCAUCCAUAUUACAUCGCAAAUCAUUUCUACAUCGGAGGAGACUCGGCCGGUGGAAAGAUCGUUCCAUUUCUCGCGCAGAAGAUCUCAGAAGAUAUUGAAGCUAGGGUGAGGCCGUUAAUUAAUCUUAAGGGCUAUCUGGUCGGCAACCCGGGCACCGGUGAAAGCAUCGAUUUUGAAUCGAGAGUGCCAUUUCUUCAUGGAAUGGGAAUAAUUUCAGACCAGUUGUACGAGACGAUAAUGGAGCACUGCCAUGGGGAAGUUUAUACCAACCCCAAGACUGCGCUUUGCGCUCAAGCUUCUGACAGGUUCGAUCGACUGUAUGAUGAAAUCUAUCGACCACACAUUUUGUUUAAAAAGUGUGUCUAUGCGUCUUCCGGAACAAACGACGGGAGCAUAGAAAGAAAGAUCCUAAAGGAGGAAGCAGGAGUAUUGAAACAUCCACCUCCUCGUCUUCCAAUGGAUUGCCAUAACUAUGGUACUUACCUAUCAUAUUUUUGGGCUAACAACAACAUCACCAGGGAUGCCCUUGGGAUCAAGAAGGGAAGCAAGGAUGAAUGGGUGAGGUGCCAUGAAGGAGAUCUACCCUAUUCUUUUGACAUCAAGAGCACAAUAAAGUACCAUCGUAAUAUGACGUUAAAAGGUUAUCCUGCCUUAGUAUAUAGUGGAGACCAUGAUUCUGCUGUGCCGUUUCUGGGUACACAGUCUUGGGUGCGAUCACUCAAUUUCCCCAUUGUGGACGAGUGGAGGGCUUGGCAUCUAGAUGGACAGUCCGCAGGAUUCACCAUAACAUACACAAAUAACCUGACGUUUGCUACGGUGAAGGGUGGAGGACACACUGCGCCAGAGUUCCAACCAGAGAGAUGUCUCGCGAUGUUCAGGCGUUGGGUUUGCCGUGAACCGCUCUAAUUAAUCUGCCUGAUUGCCACAUACCAGGAACCUACAGCAACAAGUAUAGGCCCAGAGACAAAAGAUUGCAAACUACUCCCUCCGUCUCGUAAUAUAAGAUCAUUUUGCAAGCUAAAAUAGCUUACAAAGUGAUCUUAUAUUGUGGUGCGGAGGGAGUAACUGGGAACGAGAUGGUGUUGAAGAUGCAAAUACAACAAACAUGUAUAGGCCACACAUGUCCGCCUUUCAAGUGCACACUGUGUCAAGCUAAAAUGUAUUGACAUCCGGUGAGAAACAACCAGCAUCAAGCGAUGCGCUUCCUCCAUGAUAUAGGAACAAGUGCCUCUCCGUUGAACCCACAAAAAUAUACUGAAAACCCAAUCAGUUGAUCUUCUCCAAGUGCCAUUGACCAAAACUUUCACCAUUAUUUGUGCCAAUGGUACGAAA